CCUGAAGCUGAUCGUCAGUCUGCAGCAGCUGCAGCAGAAGGAGGACGUCUUCAUCUUCAUCUUCAUCACCCCUGGAGGACGUGUUCUGGUUUCAUCUGUUUGAGGAGUUGAUUGAAUCAGAUUCUUACUGGAUGAAGAAGUUUCGUUGUUAUUAUUAUUAUUAUUAUUAUUAUAUUCGGGGAAUAGAAGGACGAGUAAAAAAAGAAGGGACGACUUCUGGUUUGGUCCAGGAAGUUUUAGGACAUGGUCCAGAAGACGUCCUCCACAGGACCCCUAACUGAUCCAGGAUCAGAUCAGCCGGCUGGAUGACCUUUGACCUCUAAACCAGGUGAAGGAUCCGGUCCUGGUGCACAGCUGGAAGAUGGAUCGGUGAGGCGGAAUCAAACCUGCGUCGGUGGCGUGAUGUUAGCGUGCCGCUCCCUGCUGCUCACCUGGCUGAUGCUCACCGCCGAAGUCCGAAGCCAGAGCUGGAGACCCUGUACAGACCUGCUGCCUCUCGACCUGCUGGCCAGAGUCCUGCCACGCUCAGGAGAAGCCCCGCCCCCACAGGUGCAGAUGGUUCAGUCCAAAGGAUCCAGAGGUCUCCGAUUGGUCGGCGCCGUGACGACAGCGCUGAGUUUCCCCGCCUCUCAAAUCUUCAGCAACUGUGACUACUUCCCUGCUGAGUUCUCAUUGGUCGCCACCAUCAAGACACCAAGCCUGACACAGAAGAGGAAUGAGUACAUCUUCUCUGUCGUGGAGGAGGCAUCUGAUUCGCUGCUGCUCGGGCUGCGUGUCUCAGAGAAUCGCCUCCACUUCCUGUCCACGCCCCCCAGCGUUGGUGGGCGAAGCCGGCUCAGCUUUAAGGAUGUUGGACUGGACGAUAACCGCUGGCACACGGUAGUGUUGGCCGUCACCGGACCGUAUGCCACACUGACCAUCGACUGUGGACUUCCUCUUGAGCUUAAACAGGUCCAGUCGUUCCCCAGCGCUCUGAGUACCAGAGGGUCCAGGUUCUUCAUCGGCAGCAAAGGGAGGUUGAGGGGCCGCUUCUCUGGUCUACUGCGUCAGCUGGUUCUUCUUCCUGGUUCAGACGCCACGCCCAGAAUGUGCCCGACCUCUGUACCCGGCCUGGCUGAGCUGUCUAUCCCCCAGGUCCUAAAAUCCACCCUUCUACAGCCCGAGGACCAUGAAGCGGUUUACCCGUACGAGGCGGAGGCCAGAGUGACUCUGGGAAAUCCUCCUCCGUGUUCGGGACCAGAACAGGGCCAGCUGUGGUUCAACGCUCAGAGGAAGGGCCUGUUCGUCUGUGACGGACUCACAUGGAGGACUCUGCUGCAGAGUGAGUCUGCAGAUCAGGAGCGUCUGGACUACGUGGAGGACUACCAGGACCUGUACACCAGCUCAGAAACCUUCGAUGUCGAGAUCUUCUCCAUCCCGUCUGAAGGUCUGUUCAUGGCCGCAGCCAACAGGGACUCUCGUCCUGGUUCAGGUAUUUACCAAUGGAGAAAUGGGUCGUUCCAGCUCCACCAGAACAUCAGCACUCAGGAGGCUCGAGCCUGGAAACACUUCACCAUCGGCGAGCAGGAUUCUAUUCCUCCUCAUCAGAUUUUCCUGGUGGUGGCGAACUCCAGGGAGGCGGAGCCUGAGCUGUCCGUGAUCUAUCGGUGGAAUCAGCGGCGGCGGCGUUUCCUCCGUCACCAAACCCUAGAGACCUACGCCGCUCUGGACUGGGAGGCCUUUUACAUCCACAACCACAGCUUCCUGGUGGUGGCCAAUCACAGGCGAGGUAAACAAACAGACUCCGACCACAACAUCCACAGUGUGAUCUACAGGUGGAACCAGAACACAAAGCUGUUUGAGGUGAACCAGACUCUGUCCACGUCCGGAGCGUAUGACUGGGAGUUCUUCUCUGUGGGACCGUACCACUUCCUGGUGGUCGCCAACACCUUUGACGGUCAGACCACCACCAUCAGCUCCACCGUCUACGUCUGGCUGAACGGAGGCUUCCAGACCUUCCAGAGCAUCCCGACGGUGGGUGCGACGGACUGGGAGACGUUUCAGAUCGACGGGAGGUUCUUUCUCGCCGUCGCCAACAGCCAGAAGGUUUCAAAGCACGGCCCAAAUCUUUACAGCAUCAACUCCACCGUGUACGAGCUCAACCGGCUCACGCAGACCUUCAUCCGCUUCCAGGACAUCCUCACACACAGUGCUGUGGACUGGGAGUUCUUCACCAUCGGAGAGGAGAAGUUCUUGGUUGUAGCCAACUCUCAUGACGGCAGCUCCUACUCUCUGAAUAGUGUCGUCUACAGGUGGCAGGGUUAUGAGGGCUUUGUUCCGGUCCACAGUCUGCCAACUUUCGGCUGCAGAGACUGGGAACACUUCAGCACCGAUGAAGGCUCCUUCCUCGUGUACUCCAGCGCCACCUCCAGGCUCAGCAAGGUCUUCAAACUCAGGACCUACUGAAGGGAACGCCGUCCCGUAUCUUCAAACUUAAAAAACACCUUAAGACUCGACUGCUGUCACCUUCAGGCUCGACAAGGUCCUCAAACCCCAAAACAAUUCAUGAUUCACCAACUUGGUCACAUGACCAUUCACACAAUGGUUUUUCUUCACAGCUUCAGCCCGUGGAAGACGUUUCAGGAGUCAAAUGAAUGAAGCGCUCUUCUCCAACAGUUUAUUUGAAACCGUUAAGUCAUGUAAAGCUCAGCGGAUGAGGACGCCAACCUUGAGUGGGCAAAGAAAAACUUUUUAAUGAGCGAAAGGUUUAUUUUAAAGGAGAAAAAAGGACUCGAAUAACAAAAAAAUAAUCUGCAGAAUCCUGCAAAUUAUAUAUUUUUUAAAUUGCUUUCAGAUUUUAAACGCUGGUGCGACCGCAUCUUUAGAAUGUUGUAUUUUCAAAAAUAACAAAACACCUUAAGCAAAAGUGGUUCAUACCUUUGACUGUAAACUGGAAGAAAGAUAAUACGACUGUUAUUUUUUUAGAGAUGAAAUUGACUGAUAAGCUAUAAUGAAGAUGUUACUUCGAACUGCCUCAGAUGUUUCUAACAUGUCGACGAUUAAAACUGAAUAUUAUCUUUAUAUCACUGUAUGUUGAGAGUUGUGCUGUGCAUUUGUAUUUCUGAAAUACAGAUUUGUGUCGUGACUUUUGUUAUGAAAUUCAUGGGACUGCAUGUGUCUGUUUUGCUUUACACCAUGAGAGACAUUAUUGGACCCUCAGGUAUCUUUUAAAUAUCGUCAUGUAGCCAAACUAAUUUAUUAUGCGUGUCCUAUUUAGCUGCAGUACAAAAUACACGUUUUGGAGUCAUAAUAUAUUAUUUUCGUUAUCUGUGACAGAAUUUGUAAUUCAUAUACAAAUUUAAAACUGUUCAUUGUCUGAUUUUCUGCUCCAGUUUGAUUUUAUUGCUGUUUCCAUGUCAACCAGUUUUCUAUGAUUUCAACCUAAUUUAUAUAUUCAUAAUCAUCAUGACAUGAACAAUGAAAUAAUAUUUGUCUUAUAUACACAAUACAAUAUACUGUCGAAUAACAUCAUUGUGAAAAUGUAAUAAGCACUAAAGAAACACCUGUUUAACCAAAAUGUAGAUUUAAAUAUCAAAUGAAAUUAAAAAUGUCAUUUAGUUAUUAGUUUUAACAUUUGAAGUCAAAGUUAAAAUUCUUUUUUUAAAUUUCAUUUAUUUAUUUAUAUUUAUUCUGUGUUCAAACGGGACAGUUUGAUGACGGAGGCUGAUGGCUAAGCUCUCAUGGGGAGGUUCAAAACACUUCAAAACACUUCAUUCACUCCAACCUGUGCAAUAUUACACUGUGGAAAUAGACAUAUUUAUUCUGCCCCUGAGUACAUAUUAAUGUAUAUGUGAUUCAGUUACUGUAGAUUGUUUACUGUUUAUUUACUGUUUACUGUCUAUUGUUAUUUUCUUGUGUGCACUUUGCUGCUGUA